CCCAAACUCAAAAACUCUCCUUUCUUCUUCAUUAACAAUUUCAAGUUUCUUCCCAUUUGACAACAAUGGCGGACGAAGUGAAACUGCUGGAUUUCUGGCCGAGCAUGUUUGGGAUACGAGUUAGAAUAGCCCUGGCCGAGAAGGGCGUAGCGUAUGAAUACAUGGAACAAGAUCUCAGGAACAAGAGCCCUUUGCUGUUGCAGAUGAACCCAGUUCACAAAAAGAUCCCUGUUCUUGUCCAUAAUGGAAGACCCAUUUGUGAAUCUUCCAUUAUCGUUCAGUACAUCGAUGAAGUUUGGAAGGACAAAGCGCCUCUCCUGCCGUCUGAUCCUUAUCACAGGGCUCAGGCCAGAUUCUGGGUGGAUUUCAUCGACAAGAAGCUUUAUGAUGCUGGGAGGAAGGUAUGGACCGGGAAGGGAGAAGAGGUGGAGGCAGGGAAGAAGGAGCUGAUUGGAGUUCUGAAGCAGCUGGAAGAGGUUCUAGGGGAGAAGGGUUUCUUCGGAGGGGAGCGUUUGGGGUUUGUAGACAUUGCUUUGAUUGGAUUCCACAGUUGGUUUUAUAGCUAUGAGGCGUUUGGUAAGUUGAGCAUAGAGGCUGAGUGUCCCAAGAUAAUGGGUUGGGCGAAGAGAUGCUUGGAGAAGGAGAGUGUUUCCAAGUCCUUGCCUGACUCCAAGAAGGUCUAUGACUUUGCGGUUCAAAUGAAGAAAGCACUUGGCCUUGAAUGAACAAUCUGCUGUUCCUCCUCUCCGAUAAAGGGCAUGGCGCCCCGCUUUUAGUUCUAAAUAAAACUCUUACCUUUUCCGAUUUCCUGUACUGUAUUAGGUUACUACAUGCAUGUGUUUUGAUUUGUGUUAAAGCUAUUUGAAAGUAUUUGUUA